ACACAAAGGAAAAUCACACAAGAACAUGAUUAUCACAAAGAUAAUCAACCAGAAAUCUCACAAAGAGAAGAAGGAAGGGUCACACAGACAAAGGAACUCGAAGGUUCCAAACGGCAGAGAGAAAGAGAAAAACAGAAAGUGACGAUCCAAGAGCCAAACAGGGAGUAAGGAGGAUAUUUAUAGUAAAUAUCAUCAACCGUUGAUCAGCGGGUCAAUCCAACGGUCCAAGAGCGACUAAUGGUGUGUGGGCUGGAUAUUGGGCUCGGUUAAGUGGGCCUUCUAGGUAUAUAUUUAAUGGACCAAGUAAUAAAUCCAAUUUGGGCCUUUUCAUCAUUGCCUAACGUUGGACUGGAUCAAAUGGCAUCACAGCCCAACAAUUACUUUACAAGUCUUCUUUCUUCUUCCGUUUACAUUUCAUUCCCCUUUCUGGUUCAGAGCUACAACCUCCAUUUCCAUGACUUCUAAGCUAUAAGCUAAUCAAAAUUUUUUGUUUUUUGCUUCAGUGAUAGCGUCUAUUAUGCUUUAAACAAAAAUUUAGAGGGUAGACAACGUUCGCUUUCACUAUCUUUCUUUUUCCCUGCCAUUCGAACAUCCUCUCCUUUCCUUGCAAUGGAUAUCUCGUCCACUGAUCCGUUUACUACUCCUAUAGAUCUCCUUGAAAUUGUGAUCGACCAAAUAUCACGUGUCUCCUCCUCACAUGGACAUGUAAUUAAUAAGUUAAUUGUUUUUCAAGGAUUACUAUACUGUACAGACUUCGAAGAUAUUGAAGAAAUCAGAAACUAUUUCGAACUGUUAGCGUCAUUUGGGCAAGAGCUUAUGGUGUUCUUUACAGUCCCUAACCAACAAAUCUUUUCCAAUUUAACUCCCACGCUCAAUUCUAAUGAAGUUGUCGUGGCCUUCAUCAACUUUCUCCUCUUAAUGGUAGAAGUCAUCAUACAUUUUAAGGAAGAUUCGAUUGCUCGUGUAAAGGGUUCGUUCCAAAAUCUCCGGACAGAGCUUGGAUUUCUUAUCAGUUUUCUUGGGGAUACAGCAAUGCAUUUGCAGCCCACCAAGACUAUGUUGAUUGAUAUUGAAGACGUGGUCAAUGAGGUAGGAAGUUUCUUGUAUUUCUUACUUUUGUCCAUUGUUGUAUUCAUUCUGAUCAGUAAAGAAGAAGAAGAAGCCUGUACUAGAAAAAUGGAUUUGGAAUUUGUGGUUAAUGAGGUACAAAGUCUAUUUCAUUCCAACUUUUUCCACUUACCAUUGCUCUCCACUAUGGUGAAGGGAAGAAAGGGAAAAAAGGGAAGAAAGAUAAGAAAAAAACAGAAAAAGGCAAUGAUGGAUAUCAAAGCUCUGCUCCAUGAGAUAGGAAGUUUAUUAGGUUUCUUCUUCAUUUUCACCAAGAAUGAUCAAGUUAUGGAGACAGGAAUGUUGGGUCUUGCUCUUUCUCAUUUGUUAGCAAAGUUUGAGACCUUGAAAACAAAGAUCAAGGAGCACUGCAUCACAGUCUCAAAGAUGCCAAGUGAUAUGGCUCCAAAGGCUGGAGUGGUUUCACUCUUUAUUAUUGAUUCCGUCCUCGAUGAUCUCAUGGAUCUAACAAAUAACAAGUCUAACUCGACUGUUGUUGUGAAUGAUCAAAUUGUAAUGCUCCAUGAGGAGCUAAUGUUAUUGGGAUCAUCCAUCACGGAUAUAGUAUUGCAGCACGAAGCAAAACAUGAAGAACUUGUGACACGGAGCAGAGACAUAGCAUAUGAAGUUGAAUAUGUUAUCAACUCAUUUCCUCAUGUUUGGUAUCUUAGUCUUCGGCUUCCUCAACUCAUUGACAAGAUUCGGCUUAUUGUGAUGGCUGUCAAAGAAAUGAAGAACAAUAUUGAUGUAGCUAGAAUGUCAAAUGUUUCAAAACAUCCACAUGAACACAUAGAGUCACAGUCAAAAGAACCUCCCAUUUUGGAAGACAUUGUUGUGGGAUUUGACAAUGUAGCAAUUGAAAUUGCAGAACAACUUGUUGGAGGAACAUGCCAGCUGCAAGUUAUUUCCAUCUUUGGGAUGUCUGGGCUUGGUAAGACGACCUUGGCAAAUAAAUUAUAUAAACAUCCCUCCAUUUUAUACCAUUUUUACAAGCGUGCCUGGUGUGCUGUUUCUCAAAUAUAUAAUAAGAAAAAUUUGUUGAUUGAAAUUUUGAGCUCAAUGAGUAACAGUAAGAGGGAUACAUACAUGAAAAAGGAGGAAGAAAGCUUGGUUGAAGAUCUUUACAAAAACUUAAAAGGAAGGCGAUACCUCAUUGUGGUAGAUGAUAUAUGGGAUAUCAUUGUGUGGAGUGAUUUGAAAAGAUGUUUUCCAGAUGACGGAAUUGGAAGCAGAAUCUUAUUCACUACUCGAAAUAAAGAAGUGAGUUUGAAAGCUUCACCUCGUAGUGUCAUAAAUGAACUUCCUUUUCUGUCGGAAGUUGAGUGUUGGGAAAUAUUACAAGGGAAAGUGUUCCAAGAUAGAAAAUGUCCUCAGGAAUUGGUAGACAUUGGCAAGCUAAUUGCAAAAAACUGUCAUGGCCUACCACUUGCAGUGGUCGUAAUAUCUGGAGUUCUUGCAAACAUGGAGAAGAAAAAACACUUGUGGAAAAAAAUUGCAAAAAAUUUAAGUUCACAUAUAUCUGAAAUACCAGAGAAGUGCAUCCAAACAUUGCAACUUAGCUACAACCAUCUACCAAUGCAUUUGAAACCAUGUUUUCUUUACUUAGGAGCAUUCAGAGAAGACACAAAUAUCCCUGUACGAAAGUUGAUAUCUCUCUGGGUUGCCGAAGGAUUUAUAAAGAAGGAAGAACAUAAGAACAUAGAGGACGUGGCACGAGAAUAUCUAAUGAAACUAAUUGAUAGGAGCCUAGUACUCGUUGCUGAAAGAAGAUAUGAUGGAGGAGUCAAAACAUGCAAGAUUCAUGAUCUAUUGCGUGAAAUGUGCUUGAGCAUAGCUGAAGAAAAUAACUUUUUGAAGUUGAUCAAAGAUAAUGAUGAUGAUGAACAACGGUUGUUCAGUCAAGUAUCAACGUAUCAGCGGCACCAUCGUCUGAGUAUCAACUGUGCAAAAUAUCCUAGCUCGCUACCUGUUGGCCUACAUGUACGCUCUCUUCUAUUUGAUUUGGAUUUUAUGAGCUCCAUCAAAUUAAUCUCAUGCAGCUACAAAGUUCUUAGGGUCUUUUGUGGAUGGUCACUGUAUGAUUUUCUAAUAGGAUUUGAAUAUCUGGUUCACUUGAGGUACUUGGAAAUUUCAUGUACACUGCCACCAAUGGAAAACUUCCGCAAAUUAGAAUUUCUUGUUGUGUACAAUGAUGAUGAAAUUGAAAUACCUGAGAUCCUUCUUAAUAUGGUGAGUUUGAGACACAUGGAGUUUAACGGUGGUGCAUACUUCAGUGAAUCUAGCCGUCAGCUAGCAACUAACAGUAAGAGCUUCCAAAUAAAUAACCUACAAAGUAUUUCUGCACUCUCAAUUUAUGAUGAAAUGGAUGAGAAAAUUUUGAGAAGUUCACCCAACCUUCGCAGAGUACAAGUUAGCAUUGAGAAUUUAUUAAAUUGUUCCUUCAACUUCCUUUAUCAGCUCGAAUCACUGAAGCUAUCAACAGAAUACAAUACGCUUUAUUGGCGUUCCAGUCUGAUCAGUUUGCCCUUAAAUCUAAAAAAAUUAACUCUAGUUUGUGUAUAUCUGUCUCGAAAACAAAUGGAGAUAAUUGCAAGAUUGCCAUGCCUUGAGGUUCUCAAAUUAGUAUCUGCUGCCUUUGAGGGAGAACAAUGGGACACAAGUGAAAGUGAAUUCCCUCAACUUAAAUACUUGAAACUUUGUGGUGUAAAAAUUGCAGAAUGGAAUGCCUCAAGUGAUAAUUUCCCAAGGCUUCAACGAAUAGUAUUGGAAUAUUGCGAGAAUCUAAAGAUGAUCCCUUCUAAUUUAGGUGAUAUUCCAACAUUACAGAAGAUUGAGUUAUUUAUGUGUGGUCAAACUGCAAAUGAAUCAGCUAAGAAAAUUGAGGAAGAACAAAAGGAGAUGGGGAAUGAAAAGUUUGAAGUCACAAUCUCUAACACAUUCGAUGAUAUUGAAGCCAUUCUCUCACCCAUUUCCCCGCAGGAGAUGAAGGAAUUCUACGGGAGCGAAAUUCAGAAGAAGUCCAUUCUCGGUGAUUGAGAUUUUCAAGAAUCGAUUGCAUAAUUGGAAAGGAGAUCAAUGGUUGAGCGACACUUUGAUGGCGUAUAUUGAGAACGAUGCAUUUGCCACUAUUGAUAAUGAUGUAAUUAUACUAUGUUUUCAAUGUAUUAAAAUUUGUAUGCGGCAGUUAUAGUAAUGUAUUGACUUAUUUUCGUUAAUAUAUUGUUUUUUUAGAAAAAAAUUGUAUCUUAAUUUUUGAUCCUACAAUGAAAAUUGUGUGGCUCCGCCAAUGUUAUUAGGCUUGAUUAAAACAAUUAUCUUUGGUGGAAAAAUCAACUUCUGAAUGUUAUAAUGGCUAGUGGAUUAGAGGGUUUUAUUG